UUUCAAACUUCAAACUCAAAAUGUUGGACAAACAGGGUAAAAAAUGCUUACAUUGUUGGGAUUGAAAGUCCGAUAACAUUUCUGCUCUGCUGAAGGAAAACGAAACCCAACAAGGAAAGGAAGAGCAGGAAAGAAGCAACGAAAUCCGAAACGAAACGGAGAUUUUCGAGUUAGAGAAGAAGCCAUGAAUCUGUUUAGGUUGGCUGGAGACAUAACCCACUUGUUGAGCAUAUUGGUCCUGUUCCUUAAGAUCCGCUCCACCAAAUCUUGUGCAGGAAUUUCACUCAAAACUCAAGAACUCUAUGCGUUGGUCUUUCUUACUCGAUACCUUGACUUGAUCGUCAAGUAUUACUCAGUGUACAACACUCUGGGGAAGCUCAUCUUUAUCGGAACUUCUUUUGCCACGGUCUGGCACAUGAGGUACCAUAAAGUAGUGAAGCAAACCUACAACAAGGAUCAAGAUACUUUCAGACAUUACUAUCUCAUACUUUUAUCCUUGGGGCUGGCUCUUCUGAUUCCGCGUGCUUUUACUGUAAUUGAGGUUCUGUGGGCAUUUUCAAUAUAUCUUGAAGCUGUGGCAAUCUUACCACAGUUGGUAUUACUGCAGAGGUCAAGAAACAUUGACAACUUAACUGGAAAUUAUGUUUUCCUUCUCGGUGCUUAUCGUUCUUUAUAUCUUGUCAACUGGAUUUAUCGUUUCUUCACAGAACUCCACAGAGUUCGCUGGAUACCUUGGAUUUCAGGCCUUGUUCAGACUGCUCUUUAUGCUGAUUUUUUCUACUACUAUAUCAAGAGCUGGAAGGAACACGAGGAGCUUAAGCUUCCCGCUUGACGUGGAUCAUUCUGGAUGUGUAGUUUCCACCCCACUGGAAGGCAACAGAAGAGGAAUGCAUUAUGCAUACAUACUUGAGGACAUACAGAGCCAAAAGUUAACCAUUGUUGUCACUGUUGGGGGAUUUUCUCCACAUUAAUGGAUUAGAUCUGAUAAGAUCUUGUUAAUUAUUUACUAAUUUAACGAACCACUCUCACCUGAUCGUAAAUAAAUUAGAUUUUUAUUUGGUUGUCAA